AUGGAUCAAACAGGUAAUGUUCAUAAUCCAAGCUUACUUGAGUUCGAAAUCUAUGACUUUACCUCUGAUUCGUGGAAGGCUGUUGGUGAGAUUGGAGAUUGGUUCAUACUACGGCGGAAUGGCCGGGUCAUGUAUGUGAAUGGAAAUGCUUACUGGCUUGCUACUACUAGAGGCUAUGUGGAUUUCUUACAAAGUUUUGAUUUUUCAACGGAGAGAUUCACAAGGGUGUCUCUCCCGGUUGAUCGUCAUUCUUAUCACAUUUUCAGCUUAUCAGUGACUAGAGAAGAGCAAAAACUUUGUUUGCUUACUCAGGACGAACCGGUAGGGAUUCCAACUGCUAAGGGAUCUAGUAUAAAUGUAUGGAUGGCAACUAAGAUUGAGAGUAACGGAGCCACGUCAUGGAUCAAGUUUCUAUCAGUUAAUUUUGCGAAUAUCCACAAGCCUUUUUGCUUUCAUAAUGGGAUGAAUUUCUUGGUCGACCCGGAGAACAAAGUUUUUGUGUGUCCCGGUAAAAAUGGGUUCUCCAAGACCUUCUUAAACAUUUUGGGAGAAAAUAAAUCCAUACAAGUGGAACACCAAGAUGCAGAAUCUGUAUGCUCACUUCUCGUCAAUUAUGUUCCAACUUUGGUUCAAAUCCAACAAGGUUCUUUGAAGAAGGUAAAAAAGUACCGGAGAAAGUGA